CCUCGGCGGCCGGUCCCGCUCCACCCCCGCGGUCCGGUGSCAGCGGCGAGCGCGGCCGGCGGGGUGAGUGCGAGCGGCACCGCGGGACCCUGAGCGCACCGGGACCGCCUCUGCCUGGCGGCGGACAGGGGACCCCGAGCCCCGGGGCCGCGGCUCGGAGCAUGGAGGGUCAGGAACUGCCUUAUGUGCUAAUUGACUGCAUAGGAGAGAGACAUGGAGUAUAUGAACACCAUGUUGGAUUUCUGAAGAAACGUUUUCAUCUCAUCACCAUGAAAGAAUAUCURAAAAACAAGGCAUUUCUUAGCAAAAAGAUCAGUGCUAUCUACAUGUGGUAUCACAAACCAGCUAUUCAUGAAGAGCUGCUCCAGAGCUUGCCUAACUUGAAGGUAGUUGCAAGUUCUGGAGUGGGAAUAGAUCACUUGGACCUGAAACUCCUCUCCAGCUAUGGUGUGAAGGUGUCCAAUACUCCAUUUAUUGUUUCCACUGACACUGCAGACUUGGGCAUGGCUUUGAUGUUGGCAUCUUCCAGGAGACUUGUGGAAGGACAUGAGAUGGCAGUCUCCCCUGACACAGAGUAUUUCCCUGCUGACUGGCUGGGAGCAGAGGUUUCUGGAGCAACCCUGGGGAUUGUGGGAAUGGGCACGAUUGGGUACAAAGUGGCUGAAAGAGCCAAAGCCUUUGAAAUGAAGAUAUUGUAUCACAACAGAAGUCAGAGAGACAAGGAAGAAGAAAGUGCCGUUGGAGCCGUUUACUGUAAGAAGAUAGAUGAUUUGCUCCAGCAGUCAGAUUUUGUGUUGCUGUCUGUGAACCUAACUCCACAGACAUCCAAACUGAUUGGGAAGAGGGAGCUGGAGCUGAUGAAACCCACUGCUACUCUCAUUAAUAUCAGCAGAGGUCUGGUAGUGGAUCAGGAUGCAUUGGUGGAAGCCCUUCAAAACAAAGUUAUUAAGGCAGCUGCUCUGGAUGUGACAUAUCCUGAACCUUUGCCAAGGGAUCACCCCUUGUUAAAGCUGAAGAAUGUUAUAAUAACUCCUCACAUCGGAAGUGCCACCAGGAAGACACGCUGGGUUAUGAUGGAACAAAUGGCAGAAAGCAUAGAAGCGGGCCUGGCGGGUCUUCCUAUCCCUCGUGAGGUGCUGCCCUAAUGCAGCUUGCACUUAAUGUUAAUGCCAUCAGUGUGGAAACAGUAAUUUGAUCAUUUUCGUGUAAUUAUCCCACAAGUGGUAUUCAGAUAAAAUAUAUAAAGCACGGGUUUAUUUAAAUUKAUUUCAAUAGCCAGCAGCGAUUCUCUGUGGAAAAUUGCAGUAUUUUGUCUUKGUCUUCAAUGGAAAACUCGAGAGCACAAA